AUGGAACUUAAAAAACACCUGUAUAUUGUGUUUCUUCUGUGCAUGCUGACUUUACUCUUAUUAGAGAUAGAAGCUUCUUCAUCACUAUCUAACAUCAGACUUCGAGAAAAAUCAAGAUCAAAAUCACAUGCAAAGAGUGUAUUUGCCAUUAGGAUGAAUGUUCCUGACUUCGAAAGACAUAAGAUUUAUUUCUCAGGAAAACAUAGAUCUUGGAUUUGGAACUUCAAGAAUUACCUGCGGGAUCUCAUCAGGAACUCCAUUCCUUCAAUAGCCAUCUUUGCCUUUCUUAUGGCAGUAGCAGUAAUUGGCACCCUCUGCUGCUUCACGUAA